GCUUUGUGAGACCAACAUUUCCCGAAGGUGACCGGCUCCAACACUCUUUGCAGGAUGAGUAGUAAGAUCACAUUUUAUGAGGACAGAAACUUCCAGGGUCGCUCCCAUGAGUGCGACACCGACUGCCCUGACAUGCACCCCCACUUCAGCCGCUGCAACUCCAUCAAAGUGGAGAGCGGCUGCUGGGUUCUGUAUGAGAAGCCCAACUACACCGGCUACCAGUACGUCCUGACCAGAGGAGAGUACCCGGACUACCAGCGCUGGAUGGGCUACAAUGACACCAUCCGCUCCUGCCGAACCUUCUCCUAUACCAGCGAGGGCCCCUACCGCAUGCGCAUCUACGAGCGCCCCAACUUCCAGGGUCAGAUGAUGGAGUUCAGCGAGGACUGCGAGUCGGUGCAGGAUCAUUUCCGCAGCCGUGACAUCUACUCCUGCAACGUCAUGGAGGGCUACUGGACCUUCUACGAGCACCCCAACUACCGCGGCCGGCAGUACUUCAUGAGGCCCGGAGAGUACCGCAAGUUCAGUGACUGGGGGGCCACCUGCGCCACCACCGGGUCCUUCCGAAGAAUCACAGAGUUUUAAUCUGGAAUCUCACUCGAUGCUGUUGAUUUUAUAUGCAUUUCAAUUCUCAACCCUCUAAAACACAUUUAUUUAUGCUAAAGUUAAUAAAAUAUGUGGUACAGUAAUGGAGGGGGAAAGAGAUUGACCCUGCAUGUCAACAGGAAAUCAUUAUAAAAAACUUAAUAAAUGAAUCUAUUGAAUCAA